CUUCCAUUUUUACGCUUCCCAAUUCUUCCAUCCUUAUCUUCAAUUUCGAUCCUAGAGAUUUCCGUCUACAAAGAAGCUGAAUCGUCAAGCAACCAUCUCAUCACCGAGCUACGGUUGCAAUCUGUUUCAAUCGCCGUCGUACGGCUCAGCCGACUAUCGGCGCUGCUGCUACUGCAAUCGUUUCCGCAGGGAAUUACUCCUCUCAAGCUUCCGCCCAGAAAUUGAAGAACUCCAAAUCUGGAAAAAGAUUAUCUCUGGAAAUCUCGAUGCUAUUGAAGAUGAUUGAGUAAAAGAAAACUCAAUCCUCCAUUUUCCGGCGACGAUGAAGAAUCUGAUUUGGUCUGAGCCCUAGACGGCUGAGCCGUCUCGAUCUCGAUUCAAGUCAUUCAUGUACGAUGAGGCGGUGGAGUUCAUGGAGAAGGUUUUGUCUUCUAUGUCUGAAUCUGAGGAAUUGAGUGUGGAGGAGCGCAACCUUCUCUCCAUAGCCUACAAAACAUCAUCGACACUUGCAGGGCUUACUGAUAGACUAUCUCCUGCAUCUGCCUCUGUAUUUCCCAGCGCCUAUCUGUCUAUUAAUCUCUCCAAAUCAGGUUUCAUCACAGUUGAUCCAUAUUGAUCCUGUUCAUUGUGUUGGUUCUCAAAUUGAGUAUCCAACUUCAUUUUCAUUCUCAUGAUUGGAAUGUUUAGUUUCAGUCAUUCUUUCACUUCUGUAAUUCAGAAGUUUCAUCAUCAUUGUUUCAGUUUCACUCAAUUGAGUUUUACUCAGUCGGUUUGAUUGAGUAUCCAAUUUCAUUCUCAUUCUCAUGAGUCAUGAUUGAAAUGUUUCGUUCAAUCAUUUUCCUUCACUUCUGAAAUUCAGAAGCUUCAUCAUUAUUCAAUUUCACUCAAUCGGUUUGAUUGAGUUUCACUCGUAUCGUUUUGAUCGAGUUUCACCCUCAUCAUCAUCAUCCGGUUUUCGGUUGAUUUCAUCAAUUGCUUUUGUCAAUUGAUUUCAUUUCAUCCUUUGAUGGUUUCGUGUGAAUUCAUCAAUUGAUUUGUCAUCUCAUUUUCAUCAUCGGUUGUGUAUGGUUCAUUUUCCGUUCAUUUUGGAGAACCAUCGCAACCAUCACUAGCUCUUUACACUUUCAAUCUCUCUCACUUGAAGCCGCUACUCUGCAUCUGAGCCGAAGAAGAGUUAUCUGUAGUUAUCAACCUGGGGUAAAGAGAAGGAAGCUGCUGAGAUGAACAAGAGGUCGUUCAAGUAUGCCUGGGUUCUUGACAAGCUGAAGGCGGAGCGUGAGCAUGGUAUCACCAUUGAUAUUGCGUUGUGGAAGUUUGAGACCACAAAGUAUUAUUGCACAGUUAUUGAUCCUUGGAACCUCACAGAGAAUGAAGAGAAGAAACCAAAGAAGAUAGUUGAUGUUGGAUGUGGAAUUGGAGGCAGUUCUAGGUUCUUAGCAAGGAAAUAUUCCGCCAAAUGUCAAGGCAUCACUCUUAGCCCAAACCAAGCACAGAGGGCUCAGGCUCUGGCUGAUGCCCAGGGACUGGGAGAACAGGUUUCUUUCCAAGUUGCAGAUGCGCUAAACCAGCCCUUCCCGGAUGGAGAAUUCGAUCUCGUCUGGUCCAUGGAAAGCGGAGAACACAUGCCUGACAAAGCCAAGUUUGUGUCUGAGCUGGCAAGAGUGGCAGCCCCUGGGGGGACAAUGAUAAUAGUGACAUGGUGCCACAGGGAUCUCUCCCCAACAGAAAACUCUCUGCUUCCCCAAGAGGAAGAGCUGCUUAACAAAAUAUGCAACGCAUUCUAUCUCCCUGCUUGGUGUUCCGCUGCGGAUUACGUUAACUUGCUCAAAUCUUACUCUCUUCGGGACAUAAAAGUCGCGGAUUGGUCUGAAAAUGUUGCUCCCUUCUGGCCAGCAGUGAUCAAGUCUGCUUUGUCUUGGAAGGGCAUUACCUCACUUCUAAGGAGCGGAUGGAAAACAAUAAGGGGAGCAAUGGCAAUGCCGCUGAUGAUUGAAGGAUACAAGAAAGGUCUGAUCAAAUUCACUAUCAUUACUUGUCGCAAAUCGGACGGAUAUGAAUGAGUAAGGCUUGUGAUGUCAACUCAUCUUUGGUGGAUUACAUUAUUAUUAGUCCUCUA